AUGAAAAUAUUAAUUAGCUCUUCAAACGGUGAUCACAUUAUGAUUCAUCAAGAUAAUAUCAAAUUAAAUUUAAAGCUUCAGCUGUUUGCUCAUAUUGCAAAACAACCAGCUUUCCAUCAGUUUCGGUCAGUUGAACAACUUGGCUACAUAACUGCGCUCAAGCAAAGAAAUGAUUCAGGGGUUUGGGGAAUUCAGUUCGUCAUCCAAUCCACAGUGAAAGACCCCGCACAGCUUGAUGGUAGGGUUGAAGGUUUUCUGAAGAUGUUUGAAGAUAAACUUUAUGAAAUGACUGAUGAUCAAUUUAAGAGCAAUGUCAAUGCACUGAUUGAUAUGAAGCUGGAGAAAUAUAAGAACUUGAGGGAAGAAUCUACUGUCUACUGCAGAGAAAUUUCUGAUGGUACUCUGAGGUUUGAUCGGCAGGAGUCCGAGGUGGCAGCCCUAAGGGAACUGACAAAGCAAGAACUGUUUGAGUUCUUCAAUUCAUACAUCAAAGUCGAUGCCCCACAGAGAAAGACUCUCAGUAUUCAAGUCUAUGGGUGUCUGCAUUCUGCUGAGUUCCAAAGUUCGAUUCAUGAAUCAAGUUCACUUCAAAACUGUCAAAUUAGAGACAUAUUCAGCUUCAAAAGGUCGAGGCCUUUUUAUGGUUCCUUUAGAGGCGGCUUAGGCCAGAUGAAACUGUGA